CUCGUCCAAUGUCACUAACCAGUUUUCACUUGCUGCUUGGCAGGUCACCCUCUGGUCCAUAGCUUACAGCUUCGUAGUGGUGGUCUCGGCUUUUGGCAACGGAGUGGUAAUCUGGAUUAUUUUGUCCCACAAGAAAAUGAGGACAGUUACCAAUUAUUUUGUCCUUAACUUGGCUAUUUCAGACGCCUCGAUGGCUGUUUUCAACACCUCAGUCAACUUUGCAUACUCGAUCUAUAAUGAGUGGUACUUUGGGUCCAUCUACUGUAAAUUUCACAACGGCUUCCCCAUUACUGCAGUCUUUGCAAGCAUUUACUCCAUGACAGCCAUAGCUGCAGACAGGUACAUGGCCAUUAUAUACCCUCUCAAGCCUAAAAUGCCUUCAAAAGUUUCAAAAUCUGUGAUAGCUGGAAUUUGGAUACUAGCUAUCGGAUUGGCUUCACCUCAGUGUAUAUACGCCACAGCACAACAAAUCCCAGGAAGGACCAUUUGUUUUGUUAACUGGCCUGGUGCAACAAAACAUUUUAUGUAUCAAGUUAUAGUGAUAGUGCUGGUGUAUGUAGCACCCCUCAUCAUCAUUGGUGUCUGCUACACAGUCAUUGGCUACAAUUUAUGGGGAAGCAAAGUUCCUGGUGAUACCUCUAAUAAAUAUCAGGAGCAGCUCCACUCCAAAAGGAAAGUUGUGAAAAUGAUGGUGCUUGUUGUUAUAACAUUUGCCAUCUGUUGGCUGCCAUAUCACAUCUAUUUUUUCUUGGGAUGGCUAUACAAGGGAAUCUACCAUUGGAGGCACAUUCAACAAGUGUAUCUUGGAGUGUUCUGGCUGGCCAUGAGCUCCACCACCUAUAACCCCAUCAUUUACUGCUGUCUAAGUGAAAGGUUUCGAACAGGUUUUAAAUGUGCUUUAAAAUGGUGCCCUUUCAUAAAAAUUUCAAGAGAGGAAAAACUUGAGUUAACAAGGUACUGGACAAGACGAAGCACUACAUAUAGCACAUCUGUCAACCAUACCAGCACUAUCAGAAAGUCCAACCAAGCCAGCAUGGCUGCAAAGGAAAGGACACAUUCCACAGUUGAUCUCCAAGCCAGCCUUAAGUGUACCAUGAUGAGGGAUUCAAGUAAGUGUAGCAGAACCAUGGAUGCCAAGCAGUGUAACACACUGCUCAAGAACCCCAGAAUCCUUGCAAUGAGUGAAUGACAGAAUAAAAGAGUGAAGGAAAGGGUAUUGCCAAUCAUUGGCAACAGCAGUGCUUUCUCAAGUAAAGCCAACGAGUCCUCAUUGUAUUAUCAGCCUCCCUCUGGUAGUGAUUGUUGUGCCACAAAUGAUCAGCGACUGCUCAGACCUUCUCCAAGAACAUCAACAUUGCCCUGAAAAAAACAAAGUUCUGUAGCCACUCUGUUCUGUCUGUUCUCCUCCAUGAGACACACUGGAGACUUAAACACAUCUGUUUAGCUUAUCUCUUUCAUUAGAAAAUGGACGAAGCUAAGUAAUUAAUCAGAUGUGGUGUUUGGAGUCUGUAAGAAAAGGACUAAAGUGCAACACUGGUAUAUUUGGUACUAUUUAUAAGUCAGUGGCAAACUUGUGGGCAGGAGGUACACAAAGUAAAAUUUUAAACAGUCUCACCGCAAAUUUGUAAGAACCUGAGGUUUAUCCUCUGAGAAAAUUUAAAUAAAUUAUGAUCCAUAGAUUUUUAAGUGUACGUUAAUCCUUUAUAUACUGCUCACCAGUGAAACCACAGUGAGCCUUUCCCCUUUAAAACCAUAGUUUUAGGAAACAUACUCUCCAAUCUGCUAUUUUGACUAGCAAUCCUCCUUCCUUCAGCACUGGUGCAGACAAUUGUGAGCCUGCAAAGAGACGGGCGACUGGGAAUUUUGGGCCAGGAUCAUAACUGUUCUGUGACACUCAGGUCCUGCCUUGCAGACUAAGCCAUGUGAAUCUGGAAGGGUCUGCCCUUAAACACUUAGGCCGGUACCACUGUGGAGAUCCAAUAUGAGCAGGAUAUGACAAGUAUUUAAAAAUCCCAGUGAUUGUGCAAGUUUCUCCUGUAAUAUGUCAGUUCAAGUGAAAUGUAGUGUUGAAAAAUUAAAAAUAAACUCAACUGAAU